AUGGAGGCUGCAGCGAGCAUCGCAGGUCUGGUGGCUCUCGCCGAUCUCGUGUUUCGCUACUCCAUGAAGUACGUCAAAAGCUCGAAGGGGGCGCAAAAGGAAGUCGAAGCUAUAUCUCGGGAGACCGGGGAUCUUGCUCUUGUACUGCACCGCUUGUCAUUUGUUACUAUUAGACUGGUGGAGACGCAGUCUUCCGAUGGAACCGAAGUGCCAUCCAACAUCACGCUGCAUCACCUGUACCACUGCGAGGAGCUCCUGAUACGACUCAAGAAGCGCCUUGGCGAUGCAGAAUCCGACAUUGGCUCCGAUUCUCGCCUUGAGAGACUUUCAAGUCACCUGAAAUGGCCAUUUUCUUCAUCAGAGGUCAAACAGAUUCUGCAGGACUUGGAACGCCACAAGCAAACCAUCAACCUUGCACUAGCAGCCGACUCUUUGAGCAGCCUGAUAUUACUCCUCUCCCGUCAAUCGGCCACUAAUACCGGAAUCAACAAGGUACAAGACGUUGUCAAAGAGAUCUUGGACAUCGAAACAAAGAUUGUUCUUGACAAGAAGAGGAAGAACGUGCUUGAAUUCUUCACCAAGGUCAACCCGUAUUCCGAGUUCGACACAAACCGGAGACUACGACAAGGUCUCACAGGCCUCUGGCUCACCCACGGCCCUGAGUUUGAGAAGUGGUAUACGACGCGCGGGUCGAAAAUCUGGUGCAGCGGCAUCCCGGGUGCGGGCAAGUCGGUCCUUGCGGCUGCCAUCAUUGACGAUUGUCUACAGAGGAACGCAACCAACCAAGGAACAGCAUUGGCAUAUUUCUUUUGUACAUACAGAGACGAAAAGUCCCAAGAGCCUACCUCUAUUCUCUCCUCCCUUUGCUCUCAGCUAGCACGGCAGGGGGAGAAUGCGUUUGAGACCCUGAAGGAGUAUCACGACGAACUGACAUGCGAACGCCAACUUCAGGCAGAGCCCUCGACGAAUAAGUUGAUCAAGAUUCUCCGAAGAAUGUGCUCCUCAUUUGAUCGAGUAUAUCUCAUUGUUGACGGACUGGACGAAUGCGUCACUCAUGUCGAGGAAUGCGUGGAAAGCCUGGCAGCCCUCCUUCCAUCCCCUUGUGAUGAGACACUCAACUUGGCCGUGCUCAGCAGAGAUGAAGCUCCUAUACGGGCUAUUUUGGGAGACCAGUUUCAGAAUGUCGAAAUCGAAGCACACACUGAGGACGUUGACCGCUAUGUGACCCAGGAACUAGACCGGCGCAUCGCCUCGAGAAAGCUGAGGCUCAGAAGCCUGGCGCUAAAGGAUAAAAUUAAAGCGAGACUGGUGAUUGGGGCCAAAGGAAUGUUUCGGUGGGUGGCUUGCCAGGUGGAUCAUCUCUGCGAGCUUCCAACUGAUGGGGCUCGGGAAAGGGCAUUGGACAACCUACCGCCCACACUCUUUGCCACCUACGAGCGCAUCUUGGCCAGAAUCGACGAAUCUCAUGAGCAAGUCAGACAACUCGUGCAGAGAACUCUACUGCUGAUCAGUUCGCCUCAUCAUGGGCACCUCAGUCUCCGACAGAUCUGUGAGGCCAUCUCCCUCCAAGAUGGCUGGGAGGAACUCCCGGAUGAGGAUAUUGUGGAUGGAGAGGAAGUUCUCCGAUGGUGUGGCAGCCUCGUCCGAACGAGGACAAUGGAAGAGCACGAUGAACUGGGCAUUGAAUUCUCACACUUUUCAGUGCAGGAAUAUCUCCAAAACAACUGUCACUGGCAUCCUACGCUCAGUGCGUACGGUAUCUCUCGGGAAAAGGCCUGCCAUCUCCUGGCAUCUCUCUGCCUUGAUUACCUCGCCCUCAAGAACCACGAGCAGCUACCGAAGGAAACAGACGAGGCGAUCAAAGCAAUGGAUGAAAGAGACUUGCGGUAUCCUUUCUACAGACAUGCUGCGACGUUCUGGCCGUUCUAUGUACGCGAGGGCGGUGAAGGCUGCUGUCUUGAGCGCAUCCAUGACCUUUUCCAGCUUCCAAAGACACCCAGGUUUUGCUCAUGGGCGACGACGCUUGCCACUCACUCGAUGUCGAUGGACCGUAUGGAGUGGUAUAACGCUGCCGACCUAUGGCUUGAGACACGAAGUUUCAGUGAAAUGGACGUUGUCUUUAACCCCUUUCACGUCGUUCGGCCGGACUUUACGCCUCUACACAUGGCGGCUGCCUUAGGGAUGCCAGAACUUUGCGAUCAUCUACUCAAGCAAGGCGCAAAUAUGGAUCUCAAGGGCAAGUUCGGUACCCCUUUGCACUGCGCAAUCGCUGGCCUUGGGAUUUUCGCCUUUGAUGGCCCGGAAUCCAACUUGUACGACUCCAACAUGUUCGACAAAGCCAACUUUUUCGACGCUGUGGGCCAACUGCUUGGACGACGGCAAUCUGGCCAAGUUCUACUAAACGCAAAGGCAAAUCCGCACUUGUGUUUUAUAAGUGGCCAAGAGGAGAGGUACUCAUCUCUGUCCCUUGCUGCAAUCUGGUUAUCCUGUGACAAAGGUCUAGGGAUUGCCGCCGAUCUCAUCAAAGCUCGCAUUGCCGUCGGGGAGGAGGACCUGCACCAUUUCACGGAACGGUACGACUACCUUGUGGAUUUAACUGAGUGCGGUGAUGAAUACAGCGACAGACACGCCGUUUUGAGCCUUCUCGAGGCCCUCGGCCCCCCUACCAUGGAGACUAAAGGCACACCAACAUCACGUUUGUACAUCGAGACCUACAAUUGGGCAACAAUGAUGGAAGUCAAGGGCUUGGACCAACUGUCAAUACACCAGCCAACAGCCGGGUUCAGCGAUGAUGAGAUUGUUGGACUCGUGACCGGAUGGAUCGUGAACAACAACGCCGUUGAGUUGAGUCGGUUUCUUGAAAGCAGCCGAUCCGAACUGGUGAAAUCCACCAAAUUUGAUACUUACAUCGAAACAACCAACGGAACCGCUCUCCACUUGGCUGCAAGACACAGUUCACUGGAUGUACUAGAUGUACUUCUAAAAUAUGGCCUCGAUGCAAACAUAGCUGAUGAAAACGGAAAAACUUCAGCGCAUUGGUGUGGCGGUGUGGACGAACUCCGAGUGCUAUUGGCAUAUGGCGCCUCUACGCUUGUGCCCAACAAGUCCAAGGAGACGCUUUGGCAUCACAUGGCGAGUCAAGGCAACAUAAAAUCUUUGGAUUUUCUCGCCGGGCUUGACGUAAGACAAGAGGCGUUGCAAAUGGUCUCUUCAAGAAACGAGACGCCAAUCUGCUCAGCCUUGAACAACGGGCAAACAGAUGUUGUUCUAUUUCUCCUCAAGCACUGCGACUCGAGAGCGUUCUGGCAAAGUGGUGGGUCUAUCUUUCGAGCAGCAGCGAAACUGGGAUCUUCUGAGAUUGUGAAACAUUUGCUAGACGUUGGCAUCGAGGUGGACGGCAUGGACGACAUCACAGGGAACCCGCUGCACUAUCUUUCCAGGGAUGCCGGUGUUGAGUGCGUUCAGCUACUUAAGGACCUGUUUCCUUUGGACCAGCGAAGAAAAAGGGAUCACAGAACGCCGCUGGAAUCACUCUUGCUUCAAGGCGUCGAGGAGGGCACGGAGCUCGACGACAAAGUCUUGGAAGCUAUGCUGCCAGGCAAUAUCCUAUCAUGCCCCAAAGAAGCGAGCAGACUGUGGUCAUUUGUUGGCUCCCUGGUGGCUAAGCAUGCGCUGGCUGAGCAUGCGCUGCCUAAGCAUGUGCUGGCUACGCAAGAUUAUGGCGUGUCUUGGAUUUGGCUCUCAAAAUUCGUUCCGACUCUAAUCGAGCUUGGCGUCAUGGCCAAACACGAAGACACGGGACAGUCGGCCUUGGGCCCGUUUGCAUCGUGCCUUGUUGCGGAUAUCACCUACAGGUAUGAAAAGAUGUUGGAUGGUCUCUACAUUCCAGGGUAUACCAAGUGGUUCUGGUUCUCAAGCAUGAUACAACAGGCUAUGAGAGAGGGAGGGCGGUGGGACAGGGCGGGUGAGGUCGACGGGGUUCGACUUUUAUCCUUCGCCAUCCUACACAACGACGCCAAGAUGAUAUCACUACUUGUCGAGAAGGGUGUCGACAUGCAUUCAAGAGUCGAUGUACUCUCUCCGUUCGAGUUCGCCUGCUUUCCUGGUGUUCCAGUCGAGGAAAGGAGCUUUGCGAUCCUCGUGAAACACGCAGCCCUAGCGAAGAUGGCCGAGGGAAACGAGAAGCUCAAGGGCUGCGGUUCUCUUCACUUUGUCGCUGGAUGGGCUAAAAAUGAAGGGCCCUGCACUUGGAAGCUAAGGCAAAUGUUGUCGGCGGGUGUCAAUCCGAAUUUGCCUUUGUCUGGUGAGCCAUCACCCCUUGCCUUUCACGUCUUUCGAGGUGCCCUGGACACAGCCGAGAUUCUUCUCGAAUCUGAAGCUGACCCAUGGGCUCGGGGAUCAUAUUCAUUCGAUGCAGCCUUGGAAGCCGUUCGCUUUGGCCACUAUUCAAUACUCGAAAGGAUCGCAGCAACCAACGGCCAGACACCUUGUUGGGAUCGAACUUGGGCCGGCGUCUUCAGCGACAAGAAGUUUGCUGGUGGGAACGCGCUGCACCUAGCUGCAUUGAAUGGAAAGACAAAAUGCCUGGAGUUUUAUCUCAGUCGAGGCUUAUUGUCGGAUCUGGAGUGCUGCGACGAUACACUCAAGACUCCGAUGCAUUAUGCUGCUCAUUUUGAUGGCUCUUCAACAAUCGAGUUUCUCACGAUCCGUGGAGGAAACAUCGAUGCUAGAGACCGCUUUGGCUUGACUCCAUUACACCUUGCUGCUGACCAAGGACACUUGCAGGCAGCCAAGACCUUGAUCAAUCUUGGCGCCAAGCAUCAACCUUGCAAUAGAGGUUGCACGCCGCUGGUGUAUGCAUACGCAAGGGGAAAUGAAACCAUGAUUGAAGCCCUCCACAGUUCCUCUGAAGAACUCCAAGAAUCAAAUUCUCCGAAUGAAUCUCCUAAAUUGGUCAAAUUACUAGCAGAGGCGAUGCGCAAUGCUAUUCUACGGAGAGAUGUUGCGGCUUGCAAGAGAAUCCUCGCCCUUGGAUGCCCGAUAGACGUCGAGAUCUAUUUGGGCCAGGCUGUAACUCCUUUGGCCGUGGCUAUCUGUCACCAACAAGACCCAGAGGUUGUUCGAUGGCUGGUUGACUCCGGUGCAACGGUUUCGACAGCCUUUCCUCAACCCUACCAGAACCGGUACUUGAACGCUCUCGAAGCAGCAGUCGCUCACCCGAUAUUCAACAGUCUCUUGCACAAGUUGUUGAACAAGUUUUUGGAAGAAGGGGGCAAUUUUCUUGACAUGGCUCGAAGUCCUGUUCAUCUUGCCGUCGGCUGCAACAAUAUUGAGGGGCUCAGGAUUAUGUUGGACUGGCUUCGCAAUAUGUACGGCAGCUCUGGACUGAAUUUGAACAAGUCGAGCUGUGUUGUCGAAGGGAAACCUUCCCUGCGUGAGACACUGUCAGCUUUCGUCAACCAACAAAAUGCUCAGAAUCAGAAUACUGCACUUCAUGUCGCAGCCUCCAAAAACAAUGUUGAUGCCUGUGCCAUCCUGAUCGACAGUGGGGCCAACAUUGAGGAGACUGGUGUCAACAACGCUACACCACUUCACUUAGCAGCUAUAUGCGGCUCCCUUCAAGUUGCCAAGGACCUCCUCAGUCGCGGUGCUCGUGCUAAUCCGUUAGAUGUAUGUGCUGAAACGCCUCUCAUGUUGGCCUAUCGGACAGGUCAGUGGGGACUGGUCGAUCUUCUCACACCCCAUUACGAAAACCCAACGAGUACAAACCACAUGGGAGAAAGUAUUUUGCAUUUCAUGACGAGAUACGAACCCGGCCCAGCAAGAAAAGAGGUUUCUGUCGAAAGUCUCUCACGCUGCAUCGAGCAAGGAGUCAGCUUGUACUUGCGAGACGCUACCGGAAUAACCCCCGCGCAUUGGAUCCUAGUCAGCCAGUCUGCAUGCUACUUGCGGUCAUUAUUGAAUAGGGAUUAUCGAUUCCUACGACUGGAGGAGAUAGUUCCGUGGCCUGAGAUGUGUUUUGCCAAUGGAACUUACAAAUUGAUGGCAAUAUCGAAAAACUUGCGCCUCAUUCGGCCAUUCCUGAGCAAGCAUGAGCUCCAUCAACUUUGCGGCGUUGCAGACAGUGGAAACCACAGUCUGCUGUGCCGAGCGGCGGGUUGGGGUUUGGUCGAAGCGAUCGAGAACUUUCUUGCACUCGGAGUCGACAUGAUCGAACACGAAUGCAGCGAUCACGGCACGCCAUUGACUGCUGCAGUCUCUAACCGCCAAGUCCAGGCAGUCAAGUGUCUUGUCCGCAACGGUGCAACGAUACCCGACAACCUCUGCCAUCCAACGGACUCCAGAGCCAGCAUGGCAAGCCCAGAUAUUUUAAUUCGACAAUGGCUGUUCGUUGGCCGAUACCUGGAGCAGAAACGGAUCUCAAAUGGCACGACAGAAGCAGCGGACAAGAUUGAGAGCUGGGCUGGCGUUUGCUCUGUUGAAGUGGCGUUGAAGUGGGAGUGGAAGAGACGCCGGGGAGAGAGUACAUGGGAGUAUGCUUGCAGACUGCAAGGGAUUAUCAAGGAUCUGAGAGGUAAGGUUAUCAAGUGUGCGUGGGAGAUUGACAGCAAAAGUGGCGGCAGCGAUGAUGGUGGCGAGGAUGGCAGCGACUUUGACAGCGAUGAUGAAUAG